AUGGCUGAUCCACUUAAAUUACUCCAUGAAUACGCGGUUGGUCGUCGCGCAAUGCGUGAAUUAAAACAGGGACGUGAGCAGUAUUUUGUUUUUGGUGAUGUAGCAUAUCCUCGUAAUGUGAAAACAAAUCUUACUGUGUAUGGUAAGCAGAAUGAUUAUUAUACGUUGGAAUCACUUUUGCUGUUGUGGGAAAAUCGCGAAAUGCAACAUACUGCCUAUGUAAAAGAUGCAUCUGGUAAAGGUAUACAGUGCGUAACAAGACCAGAUCGACGCGAAUUGUUGGCUUAUUUAAAAGGAGAACGGGAGCAGCCUCCUCAGAAUGUCGAUGUUCUUGCGCCUAUUCCAGCUCCUAUACCACUUUCAAGAUUGAUUGAUCAAGGUGAACCAGAUGCCAAAAAAGCUCGUUAUGAUGGAGAGGAGAAUCGGCAACGUAUUCAAAAUCUCUUAAAAGCAACAAUGUCAGAAUCUGUGACAGGUAUUGAUGGUGAAGAAGUAAGAGAUCUCAGCGACAAAUUAACAGCAGAUAAAAUUGCUGCCCUAAAAAAUAAAAGAAAAAAGAAUAUGGCCAGAAAUACUAUUAAAUCUGUUGAUGAUAGUCUUGCCGCUUCAAUAGAAAUUGAAAUGCCAGAGAUCGGUGCAGAUCUUGCGGAUCGUGAACUGCGCAGCAAAGAACGUGUUUGGAGGAAUCGUACUAGCAUUAUGGAAUCAGGAACCAAAGAUUUUACAGCCAUUCUUUCCACUUUGCAGGCUCUUAAAAUGCAAGAAGAGGCAGCGCAGCGUCAGAAAACCAUUGCUCCUCCUCCUAGAAAUAUUACAGGAGAUCGCACUCGUCCACAGCCAGUCGGAUAUUCACGUUAUGAUCAAGAAAGGUUCAAUAAAGAUCAGACAGCUGGAUUCAAAAUUGAAACGGGCCUUACAUUUCAAGGUACUUCAUUAAAAGCAAUCUCUUCUGCCGGCGCUAAACCUAUGGUCGCCGAUUCAACUACGACGACGCAGACGAAAUAUACUUCUCUUGAAACUCCACCACAUCCUCAGAAGCGGCAGUCUCGGACUCCGAUUAUUAUAAUUCCAGCAGCAGGCACUUCGCUGAUAACGAUGUAUAACGUUCGGGAUAUAUUACAGGAUAUGAAAUACGUUUGGACAGAAGAAAGGAAAUUAACUGCUAGGCGCGAAAAUGAAGUACUUAUUCAGCGACCGAAGAAUGGAGGUAUUACAGUUCCAUAUCGUGUUGUUGAAAAUCCACUGAAAUUCAGUGAUGAUGAAUGGAAUCGAGUUGUCGCAGUUUUCGUACAAUGGAUUCCAGAACUCUCAAUGUUCCAGAUCUCUGGUGGAGAACUUGAGGCGGAGGGUCCUGCUUGGCAAUUUAAAGGCUGGAGAUGGGGUGGAAAUCCAACCGAUAUUUUCACUAACGUUGCUGCAUUCCAUCUUAUGUUUGAUGAUAUGAAAAUGGAUGGUAAUGUUAGUAAAUGGAACGUUAAUGUAUUAAAAUUAUCACGAACAAAACGCCAUUUGGAUCGUGCAACUUUAGCUCGAUUUUGGGAUAUCCUUGAUCGAUAUAUUAUAAAAAAUAAACCUCAUUUAAGGUCUUAA